AGAACGGAGGUAAAGGGGGAGGUGGUAAGGUGGAGGGAAUUCCGUGGCCUGACGGGGCGGGGAAUAGAACAGUGGAAGGGAGAGAGAUGGAGCGGGAGACGGUCAGGGCGUUUUUCGUGAACGGUAUCGGCCUGGAUGAGGUGGGCGAGAAGGAUUUCGCGGCGAGGCUUAAGGAGGAGAGAGUCCGGUGGCACCCGGAUAAGAUGCAGCAGCGGCUUGGGGGGAAGGUGGAUGAUAAAGUCAUGCGGGACGUAACAGCUAUUUUUCAGGUGGUGGAUGCAUUAUGGAAUGAUACCUGGAAGAAAGGCGGUUAAUCGUUAAAGAGGUGGUAUGGAGGGCGUUAAUUUACAGAGGGGCUUGCUAGAUAUACGAUAUCACGAUGGAUUACGAGGCGCUCAAACAGUGAGAGUUUUGGCUGUCAGUUGUCCAUCAUCGGUUGGGUCAUUCAUGAUAGAAUCAGCCAUGCUCAAGGGGGAAGCCGCAGUUGUGAGCGCUGUGUCAAUCACAACCUACCUACGCU